AAAGUAGGAUGCUCUCCAGCUAGGUGGAGUGACGAUAUACGCAAGGUGGCUGGCAGCGGUUGGAGAUUGAGAGCUGAAGAUCGAACUCAGUGGCGUGCCAUUGGAGAGACCUAUGUCCAGAAGUGGACGAGUAAAGGAGGAUGGCAGGAAAUCGAGUGAAUGAUGCGGUUAAUUGGUUCAUGGAAGAACUAACUUCACGAGUUGUUGCCGAAUCUGGUAUCUCGAGUGAUAGGUUCCAUCUUGGUAAAAUUAUCCUGCGUAGUCUCAAGGAUUAUCCUGAUGCCGUGAUGCAGAUUGAUGGAGCAACUGGAGAAUCAGACACAAACGCUAAUAUAUUAGAGGAAUCGGUCAAAUGCGCUGUAUGUUUUCGUAAUUUUGGACUUAAAACGGGAGAUGUUAUAGUACUAAUGGCUCCGAACCACAGAAGUCUUUGUGUACCUUUUUACGCAGCUUUGUACACGGGCGUUAUUGUCGCGGCCGUUGAUAUGACGUUAGGAGUUAAGGAACUACAAGGCACUUUCAGCGUUAAUGAACCGAAAAUAAUAUUUUGUCAAAGCGAAAAAGCUACCGAUAUACAAGUAGCUCUCAACGAUAUUGACCUAAAUGCCACUAUUGUCACUUUUGACAAAGGAGAUUAUCUUUGCAGUCUUAAAGAGUUUGUAGAGGAAUAUGCAGAUGAUACACCUAUUGACGGAUUUAGAGCAACAGAUUUCGAUUCGGAAAAUGCAGCUGCGUUCCUCAUAUCCACUAGCGGUACAACUGGCUUGCCCAAAGCUGCUGUAACUUUGCACAAAAACUUCAUCAUUUCCGUGUCGUCGAUAUGGUCGCGCUUCGACACAUUUCCAUCACCAACUACAAUGGCUCUGGUCGGAUCUCCUCUGCAGUGGCUAACGGCUAUUAUAAAUUUUCUAGGAUCUCCGAUAUUUAAAUAUACAAGGUUACAAUCAUCGAUGCCGCUAACGCAAGGACACGCACACUAUCUUAUCAAUACUUAUAAGCCAACAUAUACCAUCGUCAGUCCCACAUUAAUGACGACGUUAAUCAAAGAAGCUGAUGAAAAAUGUGACAUUUCCUGCUUCGAAACCAUAUUUUUGGGAGGCAGUGCAGUUCCUUUAGCACUCAUAGAUGAAAUUAAGAAAAUUUGCCCCAACACUGAAGUAUUGAACAUUUUUGGUAUGAGCGAAAUAGCAGGCGCAGCGUUUCACGGGGAUCCAGAAUACCCAGCUGCUUGCGGGAAACCUAUGGCGUGCUUCCAAUACCGGAUUAUAGACAUUAGUACGCAAGUGGAUAUCUAUGAGCCCAAUGUCCCAGGAGAGCUUUGGCUGAAAGGACCGAGUAUUUUUAAGGGAUAUUACAAAAAUAUUGCAGCAACAGAAGAGGCAUUCGCUGAAGAUGGAUGGCUUAAAACAGGCGAUUUAUUCUAUAGAGAUGAAAAUUGGAACUUCUAUUUCUUAGAACGUAUAAAAUUGCUUUUGAAAUAUAAGAGCUAUCAGAUAUCACCAGUGGAAGUUGAGAAUGUAAUAAGACAGCAUCCAGGGGUCCUAGAUGUCGCCGUGACUGGAAUCCCUGACCCCGAAUCAGGCGAAUUACCUGUUGCUUGUAUCGUUAUAAGAGAAGGCUUCGACGUCACAGCAGACGACAUUAAGGAAUUAGUUAAAGGUUCUCUCUCCGACUCUAAGCAGCUUCGAGGCGGUGUUAUCUUCAUGAACAGCAUCCCAAUGACAGCCUCAACCAAGGUCCAUAGAAGAAAGUUGAAAGAAUUAGUUCAAGAUUUAGAAAGACAAUAAGAUCUAAGUUUAUGUUUUAUAAGUUAUUAAUUUCAAUCUAUUGUAAAAAACUUUAUAAUAUACCUUAUAUUAUAUUGUGAAUAUUAAUAUUAAUUAUAUUAAAUAUAAAUAAUAAUAUAUGAUUAUAAACAAUAUAUCAAUUAAUCAUAAUACAAGAUUGCUUAGAUGAUAAUAACAGUUAAUUUUGAUGUAAGACUAUUUAAAUUUAAUUGUAUGAUUAAUAUAUUUAUAAUUAUAUAAAAAAGAGCAACUAAUACUAGAUACUGGUGGUAGAGCUUUGUGCAAGCUCGUCUGGGUAGGUACCACCCACUCAUCAGAUAUUCUACCGCAAAACAGCAAUACUUGAUAUUGUUGUGUUCCGGUUUGAAGGCUGAGUGAGCCAGUGUAAUUACAGGCACAAGGGACAUAAAAUCUUAGUUCCCAAGGUUGGUGGCGCAUUGGCUAUAAGCGAUGGUUGACAUUUCUUAGAAUGCCAAUGUCUAAGGGCGUUUGGUGACCACUUACCAUCAGGUGGCCCAUAUGCUCGUCCACCUUCCUAUUCUAUAAAAAAAAAAAAAACUAAUGAGUUACUAUAUAUAUAAGACUUGCAGGUUCAUCUCAAUAGAAUCUACAU